AUGAAUUCGGAAACAAGAGGCAGAAAUAGCAAUUGUGAAAUGGAAGAAAGCGUGAAACUGGGGGUGCCUCCACUCACCGGACAACAACAAAGGCCAUCAUUAGCUCUAAUCACUUAUCUGUACAUUGCCCACUUCUUAGCAAGAUGGGGUACCAGAAUGUGGGAAUUCUCUGUUGGUUUAUACAUGAUCAAUAUUUGGCCAGAGUCAUUGCUGUAUGCAGCAAUAUAUGGUGCCGUUGAAUCUGCUUCCAUUGCAGUGUUUGGUCCCAUAAUUGGAAGAUGGGUUGAUAAGUUGUCUUCUGUUAAGGUUUUACAAUUUUGGUUGGUGACACAAAAUCUCUCUUUUAUUAUUGCCGGGGCUUCUGUAGUUGCCUUACUCAUCCACUCAUCUUUGAAGUUUACACAUUUCUCCAUUUUCAUGUUGCUGGUGUUGACAAUCAACGUCUGUGGUGGCAUUGGCGUGCUUUCAACUCUUGCGGGUACAAUCCUGAUUGAAAGGGAAUGGUUGUUAGUUAUAUCUGAAGGGCAACCUCCAGAAUUGCUUACAAAGAUGAACUCAGUUACAAGACGCAUUGAUCUAAGUUGCAAACUUCUUGCUCCUGUCAUCACGGGGUUCAUAAUAAGCUUUGUAUCACUUAAAGCAUCUGCUAUAACUUUAGCACUGUGGAAUACAGUCUCUGUUUGGGUGGAGUAUUGGCUUUUCACAUCUGUAUAUAAUGGGAUUCCUGCUUUGGGCCAAAGUAGCCAGAGGAGGAUGGCAAGACUUUUACAUUGUGAUCAGGAAAUGAGUAAUCGAACUUUGGAGGAAGAUAGCUUGCUUCCUGCUACUGGUGGUAGCUCAGAAUUGACAGAUAGAAAAUGUAGUAAAAAUAUUUCUGAGAAGAUUUCACAGAUUCCUUAUGUUGCUGCAUGGAGAGUUUACUUCCAGCAAGAAGUUGCACUUCCUGGACUAGCUCUGGGUUUGCUAUUUAUCACUGUACUAAGUUUUGGAACUUUGAUGACAGCUACUUUAGAAUGGGAAGGAAUACCUGCAUAUGUUAUUGGACUAGCUAGAGGAAUAAGUGCUGUGAUUGGAAUAGCUGCAACAAUUGUAUAUCCUGUGCUUCAGUCUCGUAUAUCAACAAUUAGAACUGGACUUUGGUCUAUAUGGUCUCAGUGGACUUGCCUCCUUCCAUGUGUAGCUGCAAUAUGGAUUCAAAGUAGCUUUCUAUCAUCAUAUAUUCUGAUGGGAAGUGUAGCCAUUUCUCGGCUUGGAUUGUGGAUGUUUGAUUUGUCUGUAGUUCAACAAAUGCAGGAUCUUGUUUCUGAAUCCGACCGUAUGAUUGUUGGAGGUGUUCAAAAUUCACUUCAGUCUUCGAUGGAAUUAUUGGCCUAUGUUAUGGGAAUUAUAAUAUCUGAUCCACGGGACUUCUGGGAAUUGGCUUUAAUAUCUUUUCUAGCAGUCACGUUAGCUGCGUUCCUCUACUCUAUCCACGCAUACCAUGUACGAAAGCACCUCUUCCACUCUGACCCAGUAUUGUGGGGUAAAUGUUUUGUGAGAGCAUCAUAA